AGGAAUGGUGGCAAGACGGCAGCUGCUCAUGCUCAGUGAAACCGCGCGAGUGCCAAGGGGAACCCGAGGCAGGGUGGCAGUCUGUGCUGUGUGUGAGAGUCGAACGCAGCCGAGCGACCGCCCCGUCCACCCAUCCCUCUUGCCCCAUCUCGCCUCAGUAACGCAUCGCUCGACAACACUUCCUCUCCCAUUUCCCCUCCCCUUCAUCCUCCCCUUCCCCAGCAGUUGUCCUCCGGUCUUUUUGUUAUUUUUUUUUGUGUUCGCUGAUUUAGUUUCGAAGUUUCCGCAUCUUUGUGUUCUCAAGUUUUAUUGGAGUGAACGGAACAGCGCCGAUAUGGUUGUGCGGUGGUGGAAGUGACGGCGAAAGAGAGAGAGAGAGAGAGAGAGAGAGAGAGAGAGAGAGAGAGAGAGAGAGAGAGAGAGAGAGAGAGAGAGAGAGAGAGAGAGAUUGUGUUCGACAGUAUACCGGACAAAAAUAAAUAGUGAAACAUUUACCAGACAAAACAAGAAAAGACUAAGCUAAAAAAUAAAACUUAACACAACUUUCCCAUAGAAACUUGAAAGGAGAAACUGGUGAAGGGAAAACAGUGCCACUUGAACUGAGGGGAAAAAAAGGAAAAAAAAAAGAAAAGGAAACAAGAACAUCUGCUCCUUCAAGACACAGUGAUAACUUGAGCAGCGGGAAGAAAAUGGAAGGCCAGCGUGUGUGCGUGUGUACGUAUGUGUGUGUGCGCGUGUGUGUGUGUGUAUGAGUGAGCGACUUCUGGCACCAGCGUCACCUGCAGGAGGAAGCUCGCGUCCCCAAGGUACUUGUUGCAGUGUCCGGGACGUAGCCUUGGAUAACUGUAUGCCCUGACAGGUGAGGGCGUGAGAGGCGCAGGUGGGCGUGAGUUGCUACAGAUGACAGCAACGACAGAACCUGACAACUGAAUUCAAGAUCUAAGGACAUAAAACUGAAAGAAGAUACAAAACUUAGGAGAGAUUACCUCACCACGGGGCGCACCAGACACGGACCCUGAAACCCGGAACCUGGAAACUGGAACUCUGAACCCUUCGUCUGUUACUGUGGGGCACCUGCGUCAUCUUCCCUGAAAUAUUCACGAGCGAAGCCUUGGUGCUCACCUGUGCAGAGGCAGUGGUGGGAUAUGAGAUGAGAGAGCGAGAAGAUAGAAGCGAGAAAGAAUAAAAGGAAAGGAUACGAAGGGAAAUAGUUAAGAAAAGAGACAGAGGGGAUACAAAGGGAAAGCUGUAGUAAAGGGAGAUAAAAAGGGAAACAGUUGCGGGAAAAAAAAAGGGAAAGGAUCGAACACAAAGAAACAAUAACGAAACAGGAUUAAGGGCAGAAACGGGAGAGGGGAUAGAGACAAAAACUAGUAAACAAUAUAACGAAAAGACACAGAAAAUGAACAACAACAGAGACGAAAGACGAGAUAGAAAAUAAAACAAAAACAGAAAUUGCCGACAUUGUCUCAACUAAAACCAGACAGUGACUUGAAAAUACAAAGAGAAAUAGAGACAGAGAACCAAGGAGAGAGAAAUAAACUCUUCGCGGAAACAAAACAAGAGAUGAAGUGAGAAAGUAGAGGAGAGAAAGAACGUAAAUGUAAAGAGUCUACAUUCUUAAUACGCAUCGUGGAAUUCUCGAGUUGAACAAGAUUAAAAAGUACAAAAAGGGAAGUAAGAAAAGAAAACGUAGAACCAGCGAGGGGAAGAACACGUGACGUUCAAUACGGUAAUAAAAAAAGUUCCUCAAAUUAAUCAAGAAUCAAAAGUACAAAAACAAAACAAAAAAAGGACUAAAAAAACUAAACAAAACAACACUAACACAAAGAGCAGAGGACACACAACACAACAUUAAUAAUUCAAGAGUAGCAACACUUCACUCGCCCACAACAGAAAACGGAAGUAGUGAAGCGCAGCAAAGGUGACGCAGGAGACAAAUUUUAAUGGGAAACUAUAACAUACACACGGACCCCUCGACUAGCGCACUCCCUAGCUGCAGUAGCGAGGACUGGGGAGUAGUGAUGCUAAAAACAAAGCUUCUAUAGACAACACAACACUGGGGAAGGUAAAAAUAACUAAGGAAUUACAGGAAAUGUGACGAGAUUUUAAUUUCCUGAAGUGCCUUUACCUGUCACUGCUGGAACUGACAACAUGGAGAUGGGAGGGGACAACACAGAGGUGCCCAUGGAUGAGGAGAAUGGCAUCGAGCCCUUCCUCACCUUCCUGCCGCCCUACAUCCUCUGCAACACCACCAACUACACCAAACUCCCGCUAUGUAAUAAUGAAACGAGGGUGGUGGAUGAGCCCGAGUUCGAGUACGCCUUCAUCGUGGCCAUCGUGGUGCCCAUCAUCUUCGGCAUCAUCGUCCUCGUGGGGCUGUUCGGCAACACACUCGUCGUUAUCGUCAUCAUCGCCAACAAGCAAAUGAGGUCCACCACUAAUUAUCUUAUCUUCAGCUUAGCCAUGGCAGACUUACUGUUCAUCGUGUUCUGCGUGCCCUUCACCGCCUCUGACUACAUCCUGCCCUCAUGGCCCUUCGGGAGCAUCUGGUGCCAGACGGUGCAGUACCUCACUUACGUCACAGCCUACGCCUCGGUCUACACGCUCCUGCUGCUCUCACUUGACCGCUUCCUGGCCGUGGUGCACCCGAUAACAGCCCUUAGCAUACGCACAGAAGGCAACGCCCUCUACGCCAUUUGCUGCAGCUGGAUCCUCAUUCUGACCUCCUGCAUCCCGCUCUACCUCUGUCACGGGAUCAAGAAGCAGAAUUUUGAUGGCAAGGUGUACAUCCACUGCGGCUUCCUUGAUGAAGAUUACAACCAUAUGGCUUUUCACAUCGGCUUCAUCACCACCAUGUACUUCGUGCCCCUGGCGGUGAUCGUGGUGCUGUACCUCAUGAUCCUGAACCGCCUGUGGUAUGGCGUGGUGCCGGGCGGGAAAAGCAGCGCGGAGAGUGUGCGGGGCAAGAAGAGAGUGACACGCAUGGUGGUGAUUGUGGUGGUGACGUUUAUCGUGUGCUGGUUCCCGAUCCAGCUGGUGUUGUUGUUGAAGUCACUCGGGAUUUACGAGAUGACCACCCUCAAGAUCAUUAUGCAGAUCGCGGCCCAGGUUCUCGCUUACAUCAACUCGUGUGUCAAUCCAAUACUGUACGCCUUCCUCUCAGACCCCUUCAGGAAGGCGUUCAGAAAGGUGAUAUCCUGCGGCCCACAGCGUAGGAUGAUGGCCUUGAACGGACGCACGGACGGAGAUGGAAAGUCGAUGGAAAGUCGCCCACUGAACCCACGGCCGAGUCCCCAAACGAUGCCCCUGACGCAGUUCAUGAGCAGCACACACAACCUCAGCCCUUCAGUCAACGCCCUGCGGCACGUCACCACCACCUCCACCACCACCACCACGUCCUUCACCAACGGCGCCACGCGGGAGGACACCGCCGCGGGGCACAACAUGGAGGCUGGCUUUCUGGAGCACAAGAACUCAAACUGCGGGGGUGGGUUGGGGGACACAUCCUGUAACUCGAGCGUGAUCUGUGAAUAGCGACUCCCAGCUCGUCUGAGGAGUCACGUAGAAGUGCCCCUCUCACCACCACCUCAUCCACCACCACCACCACCAUCACCACCCGCUCACCAGACAUCCCACCCCAUUUCACCCCCACACCCCCGGCAUCCACCGCCUCCCUCAUUCCCAUUCUUCCCCAGUACCCUUGCAGGACUAAAAGGCGUUGUUUUUUUUUAAGUUUCCAGUGAAGACCUUUUGGUAAUGUUUUGGGAUUCAUCUCUGGAGCUUUAGGAGAGCUUUGCGAGGCGGGAAGAGGCGGACACCAUUACAUUCACUGGUGUCUCUUGGAAGUGACUGCUGGAUGUGACAGCGAAGUGUGAAUACAAGUAUAUAAAAAGUAUAUAUAUUUUUGUAAAUACACGAGUCUUAUUAAUGCGUAUACAUCUAGAAAAACAAUUAUGGAUCUUUUUGUUUGUUCUAUUGAUAAGUUAAAGGAUUCGGCGUGACUGUGUGCGCGUGCGUGCGUGCGUGCAUGGGCGUGUGUGCGUAUGUGUAUCUGUAUGUGUGUCUGUGUCCGUGUAAGGGUAAGAAAGGACAGGUGCAGAUGUUUGUUGGUGAAUAUGGGAGCUUGCACGAGCGUGUGAGUAUGUGUGUGCGUGUGUGCGUAUGUGUGUGCGUGUAUGGACGCUUGAGUGUACACGACAGAAUCCUGCAGAGUUUUCCAUACAUCGACUUGGCCCUUUAAACUGAGCGACUUGCCGAACAGGACCUACACACGACCCCCGCAACAAACACCCUCCCCCCCCCCUGACCCCUAAGGCUGCCGCUGAAGGGACUGAAUGGUAACUGAUAACUCAUACACGGAUGGCAUACUGUUGAUACUACUUUUACUCAUACAUCAUACAAUCAUUGUAUUAUCUGUUAUUUGUGUUGGACGUGCACAAUACGUAAUGCUCAAGACGUGGACCUUCGCCUGUACUGAAGGGAAGGCAGGAGGGACGAUUGGAGGUAAAGUUAUCAUGCCAUUGAGCCCCGCAUGUUAACCUUACCUUGAUGCUCUCUCAGUCUCCCACACACCCUCCCCUCGACCCGUGCCUGAAAAUCUGCUCCCCUCUUCCUGUCAUGGAGUGAGGAUCAGCUUUUCCAUGCAUCCCCUCCCUUUCGGACUCUCUCCUUUUGCCCUCCCUGCCCUCUUCCCCCCGCCAGGUCCUCCCCCUCCCCCUGGUCAUGUGAUAUAGCAACGGUCACCCCUUAUCGUCGUGUUGGACUUUUAUCUGAUUGUUAAGUCCUUUUAGUAGGUCUUUAAGGUUUGUUCUUCAAGGUCCCAAAGGACAGGACCUCAUCGCCUCCUUGUACAUAAGACACGAGGACUGAUCGCAGUAUUUUAUAGCCGUGGAGUGAGUGGUCAUGGAGGAGGAGGAGGAGGAGAGGGAGAGGAGAGAAAGACACGAAAUACUUAGUUACUUUGUUAUGGAGGAGAAACUGGUGAGGAAAAUAGGAAUGUAAAUGAGAGAGAGGGAGAGUGGGACGAAGAAAAAAAACGAGUUGAGAUGUUAUAUUUUUAUGAAUAAGCAAAAUGGAGGACGAGACAAGUGACUGAGAAAAAAUGAAUGAAAAAACGAAAGAAAGAAGGAAAAAUAAGUAGGGAUGUGGAUUUUUAAUGACUCAGGAGGAAGAAAAGAAAUAUUCUAAUGAAAGAAAGGCAAAAUGAAACAGUGUUUUUCCAUGACUGAAUUCCCUGCGUGUGGCGUGAGUCCAGGGCGUGAGUCAUUGCUCAGAGGUGAGUCACGGGAGGCGCCGAGCUCAGUGUGAGUGAGUUGCCUUCAUGUGGAAGAUGUGGGAAGUACUGCAAACCAUCACGCUCUGCACUACAAAAUGAGGAGAAAAGAUUUUUUAAUAGUUGUUAUUGUUCUGCAAACGAAAUAUUUUUCUACAAUUGCCAUUUUGUCUUUUUGUGAGAGUCUAAGUAUUUUCUAGGCAAUUGUAUCUUCCACAAACAAGUUAUAAGUGAUUUUUGGUGAUUUUAUGUGUGUGAAAAGUCAAAUGCACAAGGAAUACCGCGUCUCUGGAAGAACGAACGUCUUAAUUAGAAGGAAAUUAUUUUUGAAGACAGAUUCGUCGAGAAUAGAUGUAAUUUUUCGCAAAAGGAAGGUGAAAGAUCACAGUGGGUUGUUCCAGUAAUCCUUUUCAUUCAUUUCAGUGAAGAACACCUGAUAAGACACGUAAUUAGUGGUGCUACCUUUACGAAGGGAGAGGUGCGUGACUCUCCCAGGCCCCACCGAGGCAGCCGAGGCUUUCAAGCUUUCACGGGGCAACUGGAGAAAUAAUAAAAGAAUAUCUAGGUUAGUUGGAGCUCAAUACUGAUAUGCUUAGUCACUGCUGACAAUUCUAAUGAGGACCUCGGGAAGAGUAGAGUCCCACUGUACAUGACCCUCUGCUUAGGUCUUACAAAAUAUACCGUAAAGGUGAUAAUUGCUUCAUCUCCUGCGCUUAAAUAAAUAUAUAAUACAAAUAUAUCUAUAAUUUAUAAGAGAUAUAGUAUUUCAGAGCAGAACCUAAAUAUAUUAAAGAGUUAGAGGAAAUAUUUUAUUCUCCCUUUAUUUCCCUUGAUAUCCUGGAAAGGCAGCAUAGAUAACCUGACCUAACUUGACCUGACCUAGCUUGACCUGCCUUCAGAAAAACCCACAAGUAUUUUUUAAGUCCAAUGGGAAGUAAUAAUGUUAAGGUCAAGGUGCAAGGAGUGACCUGACCUAGCCUGACCAAGCGUGGCGUGUUCAGAGUGUACGUACAUACAAACAUACACACUCGCCCUGAACACGAAAUAUACACGUUUGUUCUUAAUGUUUGUAAUGAGUUUGCUUUAUUUUAUUUUUUUUUUUAUUCUUUUUUUCUUCAAAGUUUACCUGUGCGUGGUUCAGGUGGGAUUCAGUUACAUUUGUUUUCCUUAAGGUGAUUAGUGACUGACUGACUUCUCGUUCGGUCACGUGACGGUCCGAAAAUGUUGUUAUUUGCUAAGUCUUGUUAUUUUCCGUCUCGCUUUUUUGUUAUUUUCCGUCUAUGUGAAAAAAUAAAUUUACUUUGCUUCGAUUUGCUAUAGUGUUAUUAAACUUUGUUCUCUCUCUCUCUCUCUCUCUCUCUCUCUCUCUCUCUCUCUCUCUCUCUCUCUCUCUCUCUCUCUCUCUCUCUCUCUCUCUCUCUCUCUCUCUCUCUCUCUCUCUCUCUCUCUCUCUCUCUCUCUCUCUCAUGUAGGUUAAUUUUCACACAGACGUCACUAAUGCAUCUCUUUCCACGUUAAUUUCCUUGUUCAUCAUCUUCACCUCGUCAUUUUAUUCACGCCACAUUCUUGUUCUUGUCUCUCUUUAAUCUGCAGUCUCUUUAUCUUUCUUUUAGCUUUUUCAUUAUAUUUUUAACUGUUUUUUUUUCUCAGUCCCGUGUGCUCCUCUCUUUAAAUCUUCUGUUUGUCUGUGUGUCUGUCUGUUUCUUUCUUUCUUUGUUUGACUGUCUAUUCCUUUGUUUCUGCUUAUCCCCCCCCCCCCCCCCCUCUCUCUCUCUCUCUCUCUCUCUCUCUCUCUCUCUCUCUCUCUCUCUCUCUCUCUCUCUCUCUCUCAUCUCCUCUCUCUCUCUCUCUCAGCUUACCAUAACAGCGCAUAUAAAUUACUUUAUACAUUUUGGUGUCAAAUACUUCUUUUUUUCCCUCUAUGUAAAUUCACAUAUGAAAAUACAUCAGCCAUUUUUAGUUUGCAAGUAAAUCUAUUUGAAUAUUCAGUAACGUUCCCUCUGGCAACGUUUAUAUUAAUUCAUUUUUAUUUGUUUUAUUAAUUAUGACUUCCAAAACCUUUUACAUUAUUUCUAUGAAUUUUUAUUUUCAGUCUUUCUCUCCCUUUUCAUCCUUGACUGUGUACUGCUCUUGUUACUGCUGCUGCUGCUGCUGUUACUGCUGGUCCUGGUGCUCCUCUUCCUCCUUUUCCUGCUCCUCCUCCUUCAGCAUCCUCCUGUAGUCUCUAUCUCUUCCCUCCCUCCUCCUGCUGCUCUCUGUCUGGAACAUUUUCACAAUCUCCCUAGUGGAUGACAAACAGUGACCUUGACAGCGGUCCAGUGCGGGCCAGGAGCCUCUCUUCGCCGUGAUUGUUCCGUGUCAUUCUGUAGCUGACGUGACAGCCACCAAGCCGCGCCCUCAGUUCCGUCUACAUACAUGCUUUCGACUUGUAUUUUAAUCUUGUCAAAAAAUAAAUAAAUGUUGCAUGUGCAUUA